AGUUUCUUUGGUACAUACAUAGUCACUUUUCAUUUAAUUUUUCACUCAUGGCCAUUGAAGAAUCAUGUUCAGGGGAUUUGAGAACAACAUCUGUGUCACCACCUGCUCACUACAUUCUCAACAUUCAACAGUUUUCUUUGUUAACAAAACAACACGUAGAACGAUAUGAAUCAAACGAAUUUGAAGCCGCAGGCUACAAAUGGAAGUUGGUGAUUCACCCAAAUGGCAACAAGAGUAAAGAUGCCGGAAAAUUCUUGUCUUUAUAUCUAGCCAUGGCAGACGCAACCUCUCUCCCACCUGGUUGGGAGGUCUAUGCGACUUUCAAGAUCUUUUUACUUGAUCAAAACAAUGAUAAUUACAUGACACUUGAAGAUGAAAUGAGGGAAGGAAGACGAUUUCAUCGAUUGAGAACUGAGUGGGGCUUUGAUAAGUUCAUCAGUCUUAAAGAAUUUGGUGAUUCGGAAAACGGGUAUCUUGUUGGAGACAAAUGUGUGUUUGGAGCCGAGGUGUUUGUGUCUAAAGAAACAAGUAAAGGCAAAACCGAGUGUUUGUCAAUGUUAAAGGAUGCACUUUCUUACAAACACUCGUGGAUGUUCACCUUCUCAAAAGUAAAUGCAAACUGUGAAACUUCCAACAUAUUCAAUGUUGGGGGUCACAAAUGGAAGAUACUGCUAUAUCCUAACGGAGUCAAGGGUGUUGGUGGUGGCUAUAUAUCCCUUAAACUGGCUCUAGCUGAUGUUGAGAAUCUUCCAUCUGGAACCAAGAUAUUUGUAGAAUUUACUCUUCGUAUCUGGGAUCAGUUGAACGCAAGGCAUGACGAAGGCAAAGCUAGUCACUGGUUCAGUGCUUCAGAUUCAGAACACGGCUGGCAAAGAUUCGUUUCACAUGCCAUAUUCUUCCAGACAAAUAGAGGGUUGUUGCAUAAAGAUAUUUGCUAUAUACAGGCAGAUGUUGCCAUCCAUGGAGAGAAGACUGUCUUUGGAUAGGUUUAUUCAAAAUUUGUGUAAUGCAAGAAUAAAGGUUGUCAUAUUCAUAUGUUUCCACAAAACCUAAAUAAGUCCAUUAACUCACUUUUUUAUA